AUGGAAUCGACCACAUACCUGCUCCAGACGUGGGAGCGUCUUAUAUUGGUCAAGUUCACUGCGUGGGUGAAGUUGCUGCAAAAAAGACAUCACGCCAUUUUACACCAUUUAUUACUACACCCAACAGCAUACAUUCUUUGGCCCACUACUUUUCUGUUUGUGUUGAGCUAUCCUGCGCUGUAUUCUCUUUACGCGUCAACGUCGGGGGUGUUUACCGGGAGUUUGAGCGAUCUUAAUUAUAUUAAGUCUGUGGACAUCCAGCCAAGCUCAGACUUGUAUUCGAGUCCCGACUUCUUCCUCAAGAGCAUUUGGAUCCAACCUAAUUUGGAAUCUGGACUGGAUUCGCGAAACUCCAGCGAAUUGGGGCUUUUUGACGUGGGGAUUGGGCCCAAAGAGUCUUCUGGGGCUUUGGAUAAGAAGUUUCUGCUGGAAGUAUUCAACCUACAACAAACACUGUUUACGAACGUUCUACAGAAUGAUGAGAGAAUCGGAAAGGAUACCGUCUCGAUCCAUUCUCCGUUGGAAUAUUGGAAUAACGACAAACAAUUGCUAAUUAACGACCAAAACCCGCUCAGAACAGUCCAUUAUAAAGGCUCUCACAAUUCCGUCCUGGGAAUCCCGUUUUCUCAGUACAAACUAUUCUCGGGGAUUGUGAAGGUCGACGGACUCAUUAAGAGCGCAAAAGCGUUGCAACUCUGUGUCAUUUAUCCGGCCAACGUGGCUAAUUUGGUAGAAGAGGUUUGGCAGUCCAACGUCCAUAAGCUCAACGAUUGGGACCAGAUCAUAGCCUAUGACACACAAACGCCCGCCCACGAGAACUAUCAACUCUCGUACAAAACAUGCAACUUGUUCGAAACAACGCUCAUCACCCUGGCUCCAUUAAUAGUGGUUGCUUAUGUGCUUGUUUCUCUCACUAAUAUACACUCAGUCAAAUCAAGAGCAGGACUUCUGCUGGCCUACGUGGUAGAGAUCACUCUCUCCAUAUUCUCGAGCGCCACAAUCACAUCAUACUUUUAUCGCUCUUUGGACUUGUCUCAAUAUCCCGUUCCAAUUACCUUAUCACUGAUACUUUUUGUUAGCAUCGAGAAUAUGUUCCGUUUGGUUGUUGCCAUAUCCAAGACGUCGGACGAGCUGUCUGUUGGGACUCGUAUGGCCAAGGCUGUUUUGUCUAGCCAUCCAGUGUCCACAACCAACGUUAUAGCAGACAUUCUCCUGAUGGUGUUCGCAUCUCCUUUCAUCAGCCCAUGGGCCAGACAACACUGUGUGUUUGUUGCUCUUACCCUCACAUUCGACCACCUUCUGCAUAUCACGUAUUUCACCACUGUUCUGGGCAUCGAUAUAAGGAGAUCCGAGCUUCAGGACUUGCUGCAACGAUCAAACAAGUCCGAACAAUCAGAGGACUCUGAAAAUAACCUCAAGCCUCUUGGCAGCGGUUCGAUCUUGUCAAGUCUGCUGCUAACAAGCAAGUACAACUCUUCAGGAUCUCACACGAUUUUAGCCAUACUGGGACAGUAUUUGCUCAAGAUCAAGCUGCCUCUGUUCAAGUCUGCUCAAACCAGCGUCAUUGCAGCAUUCAUUCUUCUGGUUUUGAGCUUGAAAUGGACAAGCGGUGUGACUUUGAAUGUUUCUUCCAAUAUACUAUCACUGCACUCGAAAACGCACGCUUCAAUUGACACGCUGUGGAACUUGUCAUUUGAUUUCUUCCCCAGUAAACGCGUUUUGGCAGCAGAGCUCUCAAAGAAAUACUUUUCUCUCUUCAAAGUGACCAAGAACCCAAUGGUUGUCUCGAUCAUCAACCCAACAGUCAUUAUGAGCCGAAACCUCGCUGGGUCCAGCGGCCAGGAACCGAUUAUCGGCCUGGAUAACGGCACCACGUUCAAUUUCGAUAUGUUUUAUUUCCUGGAGUUUUUGAGCUGUUUGCUGUUUGUGGCAUCCAGCGCUCCUCUGGUGCUCAAAUAUUCUUUGGACAAAGACGGAAUCAACAUGUCGGCGGGGAUCGACGAUGUCACCGAGCUGUCUUCGGACCAACAACACAAGUCGUUCAACUCAAAAGAGUUGAACCACGGCCAUUUCUUGGACGUUGUUCGCGUUGCCACGUCUGCCUGCCCGUUCAUCGUGUCUGUGGGAAUGGACCACAAGGUGCUGGUGUGGUCUCCAAUGAGCAACCCGCUUCCUGCGCCUACACAGCUUCCAGUCAGCGGCCGGUUCUUGCCAGUGACCCAUGUGGUGAUGUCUCCUUCGGGUGCUCUCAUCACGGUGUUCAGCAAGUGCGGAGUCGUCAAGUGCUGGUCCAGAUUCACAAUGUCGUGGAUCUGGACGUACCAGAUCGACGAGCUCGCCAACGCCACUCCUCUGGAAGCGUUUUUCAGGAUCCGCACAAAAACCACUGUCAAGAGGUCCAGAGCGCUGGUUUCGGGAAAGUCCAAGCUUUCGAAAGAAGUGCAAGUGGACAACGACGGCUCCUCUAGUGACAGUCCAACACCUCCUCCACAGAGACCAACCGCGAGAAGACCGAGCUUCAACCCUGCGUUCAUUCAUACCCGGUCUGCCUCCGUGGACUCUUCGUAUGACAGAGGCAAAGUUCCGAACCCUAAGGAGCAGAUGAAAGGCAAGGAGUUUUUGAUGGUGCUCAAGAGCGGCGACAUGUUGACGAUCGACUGCGAGGACGGGUCUUUGAGUAAAGUGAAGCUGACGGACUCUACGCUGGUGUGCUGCAAGAAGAUGGUCACUCCAAGAGUCAACGACCGGAUUGUUGGGGUUCUUUCGACCGGCUCUUUGGUGGUUGCUACCGUGAUUAAUAACAAAUGGAAGGUGAGGAACGUCAAGGUGCAGACGGACAGCUACAAUUCGGGAGAGCGGCUGGUGACGCCUGCUGUGAUCAGCAGGACGUCUUCGAUGAACCAGAAGUCGAUUGAGUCGUUUCAGCGACUACGUGCAAACCUGCCCGUGAACGUGCAGUCGUCGAUCAAGUUCCAAGCGGAGCCGGAGCCUGCUCUGAAGGACUUCACUGGCGCGGUGAUCGAGCCUGUUCCGUUUGUUGGUAUGUUUGUGAGAGCUCACGACUUGACUGCGGAGCUGAUCGACGUCACGUCCGGAACUUUGCUUAAGAGCAUGAGCAUCGGGCAGUUCAAGCCCAACACGUUCCGCGUGUUCCAUCCGGAGCCGUCGCACUGUCGGUUCUGUGGCUGUGCGUCGGUGAGCUCGUUCUCGAUCGCGUACACGGAGCUCGAGACAGACACGCUGAUCAUGCACACGUUUUCGAUCGACAACAAGGCCAAGAACAGCAUCUGCAUGCGUGUGGAGAGAGACCCGCGCGAGACGCGGUGCCUGGGGUUUGCGUCUGUGACGGAGCACCAGCACUGGCUGAGCAAGGUGGAAGGAUGGUGCACCACAGACUUGAACCUGAUUGUGGGUGUGCGGCAGAAGGAGACGCAGGAGGACGAGCAGAGCGACGAGACGGUGUACACGAACUCGGUCGAGCUGAUUCGGCGCUCGCGCGACCUCAAGAGCCGGCGCAAGAAGACGGUGCGAACCGAAAAGAAGCUGAGCGACAUCUGGGAGGGCUGGACGAUGACCGCGUCGGGCCAGGUGAAGUACUACGACAUUCCCGACGGGGAAGAGUCGGGGCUUUUGAUCAAGAAGCUCGGGCCGGUGCAGAAGUUCGGCCACAAGUCUAUUGUUGUCCCAUUCGGCAAUAUUAUCAAGAUCCUGUAUCUGGGGAACGACAACUUAAUAGAGGACACCGACCGGGAACGCGAGCGCGGAGGCUCGACGCUGCGGCCGCCGCGGUCGUUGAGCUUCAUCAACAGAAGACAGAAGAUGAAGCUGACGAACUACGAGCUGACGCAUUCGACCAACUUCAACGAUAUCUACGAGGAGUAG